AUGACCACCAAGAAACUCAUUGUCGUUGUUGGUGCCACCGGUGGCCAAGGCGGUUCUGUUGUCAACACCUUUCUCAACGAUUCGGAAUGGCUUAUCCGUGGCAUCACUCGCAAUCCUUCCAGUCCCAAGGCAAAGACUCUCAGAGCCCACGGUGUUGACGUAUUCCAAGCCGAUCUAGACGACAAGGCAUCUCUACCCGAUGCCUUCCAAGACGCCAACGCUAUAUUUGCAGUCACUGACUUUUGGGGCAUCUAUAACGACCCCAAGAACCGGGAUAAACCAAAGCCGGGACAACCUCGCAACGAGUGGACUAAAGCACAGGAAACGCAACAACUUAAGAAUAUCAUCGACGAAGCAGCUAAAGUUAAUAGCUUGGAGAGUUUCAUCAUAUCGUCGUUGCCAAAUGUUUCCAAGUUGACGGGUGGAAAGUACACCAAUGUGUGCCACCAUGACUCAAAGGCGGAUGCAGUCGAGUAUGGUGAGCAAAACCAGCCAGAUCUUUGGUCAAAGACGAGUGUGCUUCUUCCAGGGUAUUUCUUGAGCAACUUCCUAAGUCAUCCAAUGGCUCAGCCAACCAGACAAGAUAACGGGAUUGUGCAGUUCGCAACAAAUCUGGAUCUUGACAACAGACUUCCCCUCAUUGCUCACGACCAGGACUCAGGUCCUUUGGUCAAAUCCCUUGUCCAAGAUACCCCAGGGAAGAGCGUGGUUGGUUGUCGGGAUUGGCUCACACCACGAGAGUUCGUGGACUGUUUCGCCAAAGCGACAGGCUAUCAGACGGAGCUGGUGCAAUUACCACCUGGGGAGCUCGGUUUUGAUUGUAAACCAGAGUUAAGGGCAGAGCUCCAAGAUAACUUUUCCUUUGCCAACGAAGUUGGACUCCACGGCGGUGAUGAUUCUGCUGCUGUUUACCCCGACGAUCUGAGUCCUGCUCCCCGGCUGGACAGUGUCGAAGCUUGGAUAACCGAGCAGGACUGGUCAAAAUUGCUAGGAACAGGGGAAUCGAGUUGA